AUGGACAACUCUGUGAAGCUAGCCAUGCUAGGCCGAAUUAGCAUAGCCACACAGCUAGAUGAGGGACACCGCAUUGCCAUAAGAAGGCACAACGAGGAGGUGGACAGGAAUCGGCAUAUUUUGUCAAAGAUCAUUGUUGCCGUGAAAUUUUGUGGUGCCUUUGAACUUGCUUUGCGUGGUCACGAUGAGAGUGACGCAUCAGAAAACCCUAGCAUUUUCCUGGGUCUAAUUGAUCUCAUGGCCUCAAUCGACCGUGAGUUGGAGGUGCACCUGGAGAACGCCACUGUUUUUAAAGGCACUUCGAAGACCGUGCAAAAUGAACUGUUAGACUGCAUGUUGUCAGUUCUCAGAGACCACAUUCUGGAAGAGGUGAAACAGUCGGACUACAUUGCCAUUCAGGCAGACGAGACAACAGACAUCUGCACUCAUUGUCAGCUUGUGCUUGUGCUACGGUACAUAGAUGGCCACAACAACAUUCAAGAACGCUUUUUUGAGUUUAUCGCGCUUCCAAAUGCGAACGCUGAUACGAUUGCGACUGCAUUAUUGGAAAGGCUGAGCACCAUCCUUCCAGCGGGACAAGAGGGAAAAUUAAUUGCCCAGGCCUAUGAUGGUGCCGCAGUGAUGAGGGGUGCUACUGGUGGAGUGCAGCGUAAAGUGCAAGACGUCUACGGGAGUGCAUACUACGUUCACUGUUAUGCGCAUCAGUUGAACCUCAUUAUGCAGCAGGCAACAUCCCACAUCGCAAAGAUCGGCCAGUUUUUUUCAGACGUAGGGGGGUUUUCGACAUUUUUUUCCAAGUCAUUCAAACGAACGGCAGUGCUGGAUGAAGUGGUGGCACACAGACUUCCAGGUGCUUCAACAACGCGAUGGAACUUCCACAGUCGAGCUGUUAACACAGUUUACGAGCACAAAGACGAACUGGUUAAGUGCUUCCAAACCAUUCGAGACAGAGGAGACUUUGAUGCCAUAUCGAAGAGAGAGGCCGGGGGUUGUAUGAGAAUGUUGGAAGAUGAGGUUUUCUGUUUCAUCCUGGCUUUAUUCCACAAAAUCAUGCCACAUGUAGACAUGCUGUUUAACCAUCUGCAGAAGAGGAACAUAGACUCUGUCUUCAUCGCAGGGAUCACCCAGAGGUUCACUCACAGCAUACAGGCCAUCAGGGACUCCGUUCCUUCUCUAGUUGAGGAUGAGGAGUAUAGGGGACCUGUAUAG